CCCCAAUUCGCAAAAAAAAAAAACACAGCUAAGAAUAAUGGCAAGUCUAAAUAAAAUCCCUACUUUGAUUACACUCAUCAACAUCAUCUUCUUCUUCCUCACUUGUGUUUCAUCUGAAAAUGUGCCAUGCCCGCCGAAGAGCACUCCUUCGGCAUCGGCCCCACCAAAAGUGGGCCCCGCCAAAUGCCCCAGAGACACACUUAAAUUCGGUGUCUGUGGAGACUGGUUAGGACUUGUUCACGAGGUUAUCGGGACUAAACCUAGCAAGAAAUGCUGCGCACUUAUCGAGGGCUUAGCUAACGUCGAAGCUGCAUUGUGUUUGUGCACUGCAAUUAAGGCCAAUGUACUUGGCCUUGUCAAGAUUGAUAUACCAGUUGCUUUGAGUUUGGUUGUUAAUUCAUGUGGCAAGAAAGUUCCGAAAGGGUUCGUUUGUUCUUAAGGGUAUUUUGUUCCGAUUUAUGUAUCUGUUGUUUGGUUUGUUUGUUUGUGUCUUGUAAUCUUUGUAUUCAUGAUUAGGUGGCAUUGUUUUGGAUAAUGUAUUAACAAGAAAAAUGUUACCUUAAAAAAGUAUAGACUGCAUUGUCCAAAAAA